AUGGAGAAGCACAAGAUUCUGUGUAUAGCGGAUCUCGAAGCCGCAGCUUCACGGGUCAUGCCACAGUCAACUUCAGACUUCUACAACUCUGGAGCCACAAAUCAAGUCACAGUUCGCGAGAAUUCGUCUGCAUAUGGAAAGUAUCGUAUCUUGCCGCGGGUCUUGAAGAAUGUUGCCGAAGUCGAUACGAAGAUUGGCAUGUUUGACCGGGAGAUCUCGUUUCCAUUGUGUGUCUCACCUGCAGGAUUACAGGCCAUGGCUCAUCCCGACGGAGAGCUUGCGACGAGUCGGGCCUGCGCCUCUCUAGGGAUCAAUAUGGGAAUCUCAUCAUAUGCAAACUAUCCAGUCGAGCAGAUCACCGCGGUAGGAACAGAGAUAGGUCCCAUCCACCAUGCAAUGCAGCUAUAUUCGAUGACAGAUCGGGCAAAGGAGGCCCGCAUUGUGCACCGUGCAGAGGCCUCUGGCUGCAAAGCGAUUCUGUUAACUGCCGAUAGCCCAGUGCUCGGGGUCAGAUACAACGAAUGGAGGAAUGGCUUUCUUCCUCCCGCAGGAUUGGAAUACUCCAUGGUUGAAAUGACCUCCAAACAGAUCCAAAAACAGUCUCAUGAUGAUAGUUUCACUUCCUUCAACUCUGCGGCACACUCAUGGGCGACAGAGAUCCCCUGGCUCCGUAGCAUCACCAAGAUGGAGAUUUGGAUCAAAGGCAUCCUUGCCCCAGAAGAUGUUGAGAUGGCGAUCGAAUACGGCUGUGACGGAGUGAUUAUCAGCAACCACGGAGGGCGUCAGCUCGACGAAACACCCGCCACCAUCGAUGCUCUUCCCGCAUGUGUCCAGGCAGCCAGAGGCCGGAUCAGAAUUCACAUUGACGGGGGCAUUCGCUCGGGGACAGACAUGUUCAAAGCCUUGGCACUCGGCGCUGAAUGCUGCUGGGUUGGACGUCCAAUGCUCUGGGGCCUAGCUGUCGACGGACAGCGAGGGGUCGAGUUAAUGCUUCGGAUAUUAUACAAUGAGUUCAAGCGAUGCAUGCAGUUGGCGGGCUGCAAAUCGAUCGCCGAUAUCACUUCGUCAAGAAUCGGAGUCGUAAGACCCGAUGGGCCACUGGCCAGACUUUGA